AGGCGCUUCCGGUCUGCCCUCCCCCGCCCCAGGCUUGCAAAGAGCCUAUUUUUUCUCAGGGGGAGCAGCAGCCUCCGCCCACCCCCCAUCUGAGAGAAGCUCUGAUGCUGGAUGGAUUCGUCCUCUUUUUCUUGCCUGCCAAGAGAGCGUCGUGCUUUGCUCACAGAACACCUUGUGGGCUUUGCAGGGCUUAGUAGUUCACCCAUUUGACUAUUUCUGGAAAGAAUGGAACAGGUAGAGAAACCGUCUAGCUUCGUCUGACUGUCCGCUGGAAGAUGGAAAAGGAAGACCCUGCUGGCCCUGAGAAAGAAAGAGGCCCUGAAGCUAUGGAGUUUGGGAAGAAUGACGGAUCCUGGCAAAGAAUGUUGCAGAAGCCUCUGGGUGAAGACUCCGCCCGCUCGGAUAUCCAUCACCAGAGUUUCAGGCACUUCCACUACCAGGAGGCCGAGGGGCCCCGAGAGGUUUGCAGCCGCCUCCACCGUCUUUGCUGCCGGUGGCUGAAGCCUGAAAGGCGCAGCAAGAUGGAGAUCGUGGACCUGGUGGUCCUGGAGCAGUUCCUGGCCAUCCUGCCCCCGGAGAUGGAGAGCUGGGUCAGGGAAUGUGGACCAGACACCACUUCCCAGGCGGUGGCCCUGGCAGAAGGCUUCCUCCUGAGCCAGGCGGAGGGUGAAAAUCAGGACCAGCAGGGGCUGCUCAAAGAGACAGAAAAGCCUCCCUCUGACACCAGGCAGGAUGUGAUCUUCUGGGAGAUCACGCAAGAGGGCGACAGAGAUCCCUCUUCUCUGGGCAUGGAAAGGAUGCAGGCAGGAGAUUCUGGGCCUUCCCCUCUUUACAGUGGAGUGGAAGCUGACGCUGUGCAGCCAGGUCAGGGUCUCGUGACCUUUGAGGAUGUGGCUGUGCAGUUCUCAGAGGAGGAGUGGGCUUUGCUGGAUCCAAGCCAAAGAGAUCUCCUGAAGGAAGUCAUGGCAGAGAAUUGUGGGAAUCUGGCCUCUCUGGGUGGCUACAUUCACUUCUGGAGCAGACGAGGAUGGCCUUGGAUGCCAGGCGAAGUCUGGGAGCUAAAAAUGACUUCAUUCUCUCUUUCUUUCACAGGCUCCUCACCCUUCCUCCCCCCCCCCCCCCCGCCCCCAGGGCUCCUUCGUGCCAGAAUCCUAACCAUCCCUAUCCUAAAGGCGGGAACUUUCCCUAUAAUUAACCCAACCUUUCAUACCCACGUCACUUCUGUAGUCAGUGUGCACUGAACUGCUAGAUCCUGAA